AUGGAGUCACGGAUAGGAAGCGGCUUUUGGACUUUGCGCCUUUCGGGCGUGAUUUUCUUCGAUGAUGCUUUUUUUGUCACAUUUCUUCCACACUAUUUCUCGGACUCGGCUCCCUAUUCAUUUCUGUUUCUCAGGUUGCCGUCCUUCUUCCAUCAUCCUGCUUUCUUCUUCUUCUGGUUGCAUAUAUGUGAAAGGAGGUUUUGUAUUUUGUCUGGUAAUUAUUUUCGCCGGCUACGGGACCGAAGAAAGAGUAUUGCUCGGCUGGUCGUCUGGAACGUUCCUGUACCAAAAUUUGUUUUUACAUUUGUCUUCAUCAGUCGGGGUCUGUGA